AACAAGUGCACCGCAGCUAUGGCAAGAACCAAGCAGACGGCCCGUAAAUCCACCGGAGGCAAAGCCCCGAGGAAGCAGCUCGCCACCAAAGCCGCCCGUAAGAGCGCUCCAGCCACCGGCGGCGUCAAGAAGCCUCACCGCUACAGGCCCGGCACCGUGGCUCUGCGAGAGAUCCGUCGCUACCAGAAGUCCACCGAGCUGCUGAUCCGCAAGCUGCCCUUCCAGCGUCUGGUGCGAGAGAUCGCUCAGGACUUCAAGACGGACCUGCGCUUCCAGAGCUCCGCCGUCAUGGCCCUGCAGGAGUCCAGCGAGGCUUAUCUGGUCGGUCUGUUCGAGGACACCAACCUGUGCGCCAUCCACGCCAAGAGAGUCACCAUCAUGCCCAAAGACAUCCAGCUGGCCCGCCGCAUCCGCGGAGAGCGCGCUUAAACGCCUGACUUCACAAGUCUUGAAACCCACCCAAAGGUUCUUUU